AUGCGCACCAAGAGAAUCAAGUUACCAAGAUCCGAUCAACCAAAAGUGGUUAUUCCCUACAGAGAUCACUGGGAAGUGGCAAUACAUACUGAAUAUUUUAGGAAACUUUCCAGAACAAUUGAAUUUCAUAAGUAUAAGCUCACCACUUUGGAAAAUUUCAUUGCUGAUUUGGAAAAAAAUGAAGUGGAAGGUCUAUGGAUUACGGAAGAAUUGUUGGAUGUCUUUGGAGACAUAAACAAAUAUGUGGAUUGUAUGCCAUACACCAUGACUGCGUUCUUCGUGCCUUGGGUAGGUUGUGAAUUCUUAGAUAUGGAUCUAAUGCAAGAUAACCUCAUUAUGGUCUGUAAUUUGGGACCACAUGCGGCGGAAGAAGUGAGUGAAAUUGCAGUCAAUUUGGUUAUUAGUUGCUUUAGAAUGACAACAUUUUGGGAACACUGGUUCCGAAAUGAACAUGUGGGUGAUAUUAAAAACUGUAAGAAAUAUAUUGGCGGUUCCUUAUCAAAUUCAGAAGAUUCAAAGAUGCCCUUACAAGUGCAAAAGGGUAAAGUUGAAGACCAAUUAUUAGAUUAUAGUAAGAAUUUUAAAAUUGGAGGUAAGAAAGUGGAGUCUCUUCAAAAGAAGACUGCUCUGAUUGUGGGGUUCGGAUCCAUUGGACAAAAUAUUGGUAGAAAAUUGAAAUUGGCAUUCAAUAUGAAAAUUAUUUAUUUCAAAAGAUCUGGUCCAAUCUCUACAAAGGCGCUAGGUUAUAAAGCUAGAUUUUGUGAGGAUUUUGAUAACCCACAUACUUGGAAAGAGGCUGAUGUUAUCAUUUUAUCAUUGCCCGGUGGACCAUCAACGGAAAAUAUUAUUAAUAAGAGGAUCUUUUCCAUGUGUAAACAAGGUGUAAGGGUUGUAAACGUUGGGAGAGGUUCCGUCAUUCAAGAGGAAGAUUUACUAGAGGCCUUAGAAUCCGGUAAAGUUGCAUCAGCAGGAUUAGACGUUUUUAAAAAUGAAGAAGAGAUGGUGAAUCCAAAAUUGAUUCAAAGAUGGGAUGUUACCGCCUAUCCACAUAUCGGAAGCACAGUAGCAGAUAUGAUUGCCAAACAAACUGACAUUACAUUAGCUAACAUUGAAGACAUUUUCGUGUUUUCAGGUAAUGGUAAAUUCCCAGUAUAUUAA